GGCGGCGGCGGUGGCGGCGGUGGUGGCGGCGGCGUCGUCGUGUGACGAGAGCCGGCGAGGCAGCGGCGUCGCGACGGGAACGGAGAGAGGACGACGGGCAGAGGCGGCGGCGGUGGCGGCGGUGGCGCUCUUCUAGCUGCUGGCCGCGCCAGCGCCCUGCACGCAGCCACCUUCAAACGCAGCCACGAAACCUAUUUAUACUCCGUCAACGUAGCGGACGACGUAGCGAGAACAGCGCCGUGUUCUGGCCGCCCACGCGAGCAACAGCCCGAACGUACCUCGCGCCGCGACCACGAACCACGUCCACCGACAGAAAGAGGCGACGAGCGGCGCAGAGCGCGACCAGCGGUGAACACUCGCUCACCUCAUCCUUGCCUCUCUUUACGUGUUGCUGGCCUCGCCUCCCAAUAAUCGCCAUAACUCGUCGUCGGAUCGUGGCCGUUGGACGUAACUGGGAGCUGGAACUAACUGACCCGGGGAGUAACGGAAUCUCGACGGAAAUCUCGUUCAUCAAUCCCGUCGUGUACAUCCACAUAUAUACAUAUAUAUAUAUACAUAUAUAUGUAUAUAUAAUAUCGCUCUCCGACGAAACUUUCUCCGACGAACCAACGACGUUGGAAAAGAAGAGAGACGUUCGCCUGGUUCACGCGCAGAGGAAGAGAAAGAGGGAAAAAGAGAGAGAGAGAGAGGAAGAGAGGAAGAGAGAGAGAGAGAGAGAGAGGAAGAGGUUCGUCGAUGGACAGGAACGAAAUCCUCAUGGGACAGGAUCAAGUUAAGCGGAGGUUGGCUAGCGGCUCGACCGCCACAGCCCACCCAUAGGGGACGCCAUUGAGAGUCUAUCUUUUCCCUCGGCGUGUGAUCGACCGUCGCGCAUCCGCCUUCCCUUCUCGCGUCGUGUGCCGAGCCGAUCUGCGCGCUCCGCGGCUACCACCUCCGCGGCGGUUGCUGCUCUCCACCUCGGUCGGCGGAGCUGCUCCGCUCGCUGGAUGGGGUUGGGUGUCGUCGUCGUCGUGGUGUCGUUGAACGUGGUGUCCCAUCCACGGUGGUGAUCGAGUUUCGAGAAGGUGGACGAGAAGGUGUGGGGGAGGGGAAAAAAAUCUUCUCCUUUCGAGGAGGUUUCUCGCGCGGCUGGACGGGGCCAGCGGGCGGGAAAUGGCCGGCGGUGGUGUACUGUUAUAAUGCUCGAGGACGAUCCGGUGGGUGGACCGAGGCGCGCCGAUUCGAGCGAUCGUUGUUGCUCAAGCACCGUUCAGGCCACCACCACCACCACCACCACCGCUACCACCACUACCACCACCACCACCACCACCACCACAACCACCAUCACCAUCAUCGUCGAGGACAUCCUCGAGGGCAUCGUCUCUGAAGGGAACGGACGCGAGGAGGAAGAGACUGCGAAGAGGAGGAUCUCGAGGGGGCGGCUGUUGUAGCCCCUCGAGCAUAAUUCGGCCCCAGUCGAGUGCGUGUAUGGUGUUGCGCGCGUAUGUGUCCGUCCGUGAGUGCGUGCGAGGAAGAGUGAAAAGCGAAGAGGGGUAGGGGCGAGAGUGGGCAGGGGGGGGAGUGAUAACAUAAUAAUCGACGACGAGGGGCCGUGAGGAGCGUGGUGGGAGCAUGCAGGGUUCGGGCGAGGCCCGGAGAGGCCUUAGUCCCGCGGGUGGACCGGGAUAAGGGUAACGCGGUCGAUUACCACGCGUCUCGCCUCCUUCGGGGCGAAGCCAGCCGAAGAGGAGAGAGGAUCACGGUCGGAUUAACGCGUGCUUUGGUCGCGGCCUCGGCCGAGCGAACGUCCCUAAGGCUGAGAUCGCAGGAACGCGGGAAGCGAGCUGGACUCGCUUUCGGGCGCAUGGAACAUGAUAGAGAUGUCGAGCGGAAUCGGUGCAACUGCAAUGGGGAUCGGCGUUAGCCACGGGACAGGGGGUGGCGAGGGUGUCCCCGGUGGGUGCAGGUUGCGCGCCCAGAGCCAAGGCCAGGCGAGCUGUUCCUCGGCCAACUCGCAGCAAUCCUCGCAGCAGCAGCAGCAGCAGCAGCAGCAGCAACAACAGCAGCAGCAGCAACAGCAGCCGCCACCCUCGUCGCAGCAGCCGCAGCAGCAACAGCAGCAACGCCAACCCUCAGGGAUCAUGGGCCGAUCGAAGAAGGAAAACUGUUGUUGGUGGUGCUGUUGUUGUAGUUGCUCGGAUAAAUGUUUGGAGGCGGUUGGCGGGAGCACGGGGGGCGCAGGAGGCGCGGGCGACCAGGGGAAGAAGAAGGGGAACGCGGGCGUCGGGGAGCACGGUUUUGGAAGCGAGUUGUGCGACGCGGGUAACGGCCUCGAGGGCCUCGACACGGAGUGCAGCCUCGAGGAGAUCAGGUCGUGGGGCUCGUCCUUCGACAAGCUGAUGAAGAGCCAGGCGGGGCGCAAGUUCUUCAGGGAGUUCCUCCUCAGCGAGUACAGCGAUGAGAAUAUAGCGUUCUGGCUCGCCUGCGAGCAGCUCAAACGCGAGAGCAAUUCCGAGAAGAUCGAGGAGAACGCGAGAUACAUUUACGACCGUUACAUAUCCACAGUCUCGGAGAAAGAGGUGAGCCUGGACUCGCGGGUGCGCGAAAUAGUGAACCGCAACAUGGUGCAACCGACGCCGCACACCUUCGACGAGGCCCAACUGCAGAUCUACACCCUGAUGCAUCGGGACUCGUAUCCCCGUUUCGUGAACAGCGAGCUGUAUCGGCGGGUGGCGAGGCUGGGGUGUAGCGGGGGUGCGGGCAAUCAGGAACAGGGGAAGUCGAAGGCGAGGAAGGGCACCACGUAAUCGUGCGACGACUAAAAAAAAAAUAAAAAAAUAAAAAAAAACAAAGACGAUGGGGUGGCAGCGGACCAACAGCCUCCGUCUCCCAGCGGGUGACCCGGGCCGACAUCGGGGACGCCGCGACGCUGUCAACGCUGGCCGAUGACGACGAAAGCCGGGGGGGGUGACAUCGGCGCCAAAGGAUCGAGGAGGAACGACUCUGGGUGUCUCUCGGUGUCUCUGAGGUGUCGAAUCCCCUCCCCCCCGAAUCUCGUGUAAACGAAACGAAAAAGAAAAGAAAAGAAAAGAAUAGGGGGGAAAAGAAGAGGAGGAGGAGGAUGAAGAAGAAGAAGAAGAAAACAAAAGAAGAUACGGAUCGUGGAGAUCUCGAUCGUAGAGAUUUCGAACGAGCCCUCCCCUUGAAAUGUUUUUUGGGAGGAUUAAAGGAAGGCCAGAGAAGGGGAGAAGAAAAGCUUCUCGAAAGCGAAACGCUCGCGACUCGCUCUUCCACGCGACGCCACAUCGGGGCCAACGUGCACGAACUUGACGAUGGACUGAAUAAUAAAAAAAAAAAAAAAAGAAAAAAAAGAAAAUAAGUAAAUAAAUAAAAAUGAAUAAAUAAAUAAAUAUAAAAAAGUAACUAGACGAAACGAGGAAGGACGAAAUGAGAGAAAAAAAAAGGAAGAAGGAGGAAGAGGAGGAGGAGGAGGAACGAGGAGGAAAAGAAGAAUGGAUCGCGUAGGAUCGUCGCGUUAGAUCCAUUGAUUCUCUCUUCCUUUCUGUGGUGGACAAUGUGGUGACAACGUAUACACACAUGUACACACACGCGCACAUACACACGCACGCUCGUUCACGCGUGGCACACGAGAAUAUAGAUCGAGGAAUCGAAACAUGUUACACACACGUAUACACACGCGGGUCGGUCGGGGAUGACGUUCAUCUUUCAAGGAAGUUCCUAAGUUCUUCAUCAGUCUUUCGCGACUGAUCGUCGCCGAUAAUCUCUCUCUCUCUUUCUCCCUCUCAUAACUCAAUCCCUCUCUCCCUCUCGCUCGAUAACGAAUCAAUCGUGUCUUCUCUGUCUCUCCCCUCGCUCGAGCUUUCUCCUUUUCGUCUCUUUCUCUCUCUAUCUCUCUUUGUUUCUCUUCGUCCCCCUUCGCUUCGCACCCCUUCUCUCUUUCUCGCUCUACACUUUUCAUGGGUAUUAAGAGGAAGAUCUCGAGCGUGAGAUCUAGGAGACAUUCGCUUAGAUUGAAUAGUGUAAAGUUCGGGUCACGAUGAGGAAAUUUAAGAAAGAAAUGCUUCUUCCUUGUUUUCUUAACUCUUUGAUUCGAGAAAAACCUGUGCAAAUAUAAUUUUAAAUUUUAUAAUUCGAGUUUAAAAAUUUCUUGCGAAAUAUACAUCGUGACCCGAAUUCUCGCAGCAUAGGGGACGUUGUACGUUUCGAGAAACGCGGGAGAAAAAAAAAGAAGAAACGAAAACGAAAAUCUAUGGAAGCAAUGUUCAAUGAUUCGUAACGAUCGAUUAUUUGUACGUUCAAAAUCUGGAAGAAACGACACGAGAAACGUAAUCGCAACGUAGUAUUCCGCAACCAGACUCUCUGCGAAAAAUACCACUCUUUUCUCUUCUCUAACGUCGAAAAUGGAUCUCUGAAAAUGGAGGCAGAGAUCGUAUUUUCCGAAGGGAAAGGAGUAACGCGUUUAUUUCACCUGGUCUUAUUCGUAACGUGACAAGGGAAUGUAUAGUAAUGUGGACGAUUCAUUCGUUUCGUCACAAUCGAGAUUUCUGCAACGGGACCAUGAACGGAUUGAAUUUAAAUUUAUUAACGAGUGAAUCGUAGAAGAUAGCCUCGCUCGUGGAAUACUCGUUCGUGAUACGUUGCUCGAGAAAUAGAUCAUAGCAGGAAAAGUGUGUCGUUUGUCUUUAGAACAACUGAGCUCGGCGAAUAUCGAAGGUUGUUAAAGCAUCAUUUCAAUUAUGGAGGCGUUGUGAAGUAUUUUAUUACCAUCGCAAUAGCGUCAUAAUAGGACAUAAAACGUAAGCAGGUUCACAAAUUUGUUUGUCAAAUCGAUGUACUAGACCUUGAAUCGCUAAUGCAUUCUACACCCUCGACACCAAUUCUCCGAAUAUUCUUCCUCGUUUUUUAUCGAUGUUUCUUUAAAUACAUCACGUCGCAUUAGCGAUUCGAGAUCGAUCCAGACGGGUACGCGCCUCGACAAUCCAAUUAACAACGGAAAUUCAAUUAAUUCGACCUCUCGCGCUCCGACGUCCCAUCAAUUUUCUCCGCUCUACACACUCGAACUCGUGAAAUCUUCCGAUAAGCGGACAGUGAAAUAUGUAAAAAUCUCUUAGAUCUUCGUACGCAAGGGUUUGUAGAUCGCACAUCGUUAUGCUCAAAACGCCGAAAGCCAAAGAUCAACCAAAUCGACCGCCAUUUAUUACGAUCGAUCGAUCGAUCCACACAUCACGCACGAGUGGAAAAUUUCUUUAUAUUUCUCUCUGGUUGUGUAAAAAGAUGCGAGGAAAGUGGAUAAGAUAGGGAUUCUUGACGAUCUUCCUAGAUGCGAAACCGGACGCCAUCAUUUUAUUUCUAUUUCGCGUGGAUCAUUCGCCAAGAUGGCCGCCAUCCCGAUAAAACGAAGGAGCUCGUCGUCCCCAAAACAGCGUGCACCAUGAGUUACUGCCAGCGAGACACACCAUGAGUUAAACACGCCUCGAUUACCUCGACGACCAAGAAAAAAAAAAGAAGAUGGAAAGAAAGAAGAAGAGGAAACGACGAAUAAAAGGAGGAAAAGUGAGUCUAGUCAGCAUCGCUCGAAGACGAUGACGUCGAUGAAAGAAAAAGGCCUAAACGGGAAAGUUUUCGAUUCGGAAAACGCGAGUUCGUAUCAUUUGGAAUGCCGUUCGCCAUUUUGUCGAUGCACGCGCUAGAAACGAGAUGUCGCGUCACGUGACGUUUCUUUGAAUUCCAUUAAUCGCGAGGGAAUCCAUGUUAAUUCGAUUUCUUUCUUCGUAAAAGGAGAAUUUUAAUUUUAAUAAUAUGUAUCUCUUUUCUUUCUUUCUUUCUUUUUUUUUUCUGUAAAGGUGAGUAAUUCUGCAAGAUCGAAGAUCGAACGUGUCGCGACAUCUAUGUUCUUAAGGCGCGAAAGUUUAAGUUUCGUUAGAGACUCGUUCGACGGUGUAGACGAUCGAAAUUUUUUUUACACACUCGCAAUUCGUUAUUAUCGUGGUACUUAAUACGGCGUUAAGAUUGUUAUUGCAUUUACACGGUCGAACGUAGGGGGAAAAAGUUGAUCUCAUCUCGACGGAUCUCACACAGCAGCGCGCUCGAAAUGGAGGAAAAAUAUAAAAACGGAGGAACGAGUGGAACUGCGAAGCGGAAACGAACCGAAUUUAAUGCGUGCCUCGCACGAGAGACACGCGCUCGAACACACGCACACGAACAGACACGUGACCAGGGUUCCACAUCUCUCGUGAACCGCACAAUUUUACCCAUUCAACGAGUAAAUAAAACCGAUGGACACCUGAACUGCAGUCACGUUCCUCUGUGUUCGCACUGUUUCAUCCCUGACCUUACGAAAAAAAGAAAAAAGAAAAUGCUUAAAAAAAAAAAAAAAAAAAAGAAAAGAAAAGAAAAGAAAAAAAAACAAUUAAAAAUCUGAGUCUACACUUCUUUAUCUCGAGACUUUUAUUUGAUACUACCAUUUUCUUUGUUCCACAAAUUUUUUACAGCUCCUUCAACCCUACGAAAUAAGAUUGAAAUACGUCCCUGGCCACGUGGCUGCGCCAUAAUAAGAAAAAGAAAAAUCGCUCGAAAUUUUAUUCUUCGAUCGGCGACGCUUCUUCGGGAAAAGGCAAAUCGUCGCGAGUUGAUUGCAAAAGGAAAAAAAGAAAAAAAAAAAAAGAAAAGGAAAGAGAUGAAGUAAAAAAAAAAAAAAAAAGAAAAAAAGAAAAAAAAGCGAUGAAAAAUAAUAUUAAAGUUCGCACAGUCAGUCACAGCGGUUGGCUACUGCCCUGUAGAUAAUAUUCUAGAUAGUAAACACGAUGACGAUGGAGGAGGAGGAGAAGGAUCAAACUAAUUAUACAUGCGAAUAUAUGAAUAUACAUGAUAUAUAUAUAUGAAUAUAAAAAAAGGAAAGCAAAACAAAAAAUAUAUAUAUAUAUAUAAAUAUAUAUGAAAUCACAUAAAACGUACAUGUGCUACAUAUGCCCGGCAUCAUAAAUGAGGUGCAGGGUGCGAAUCACGCGCGAGGGGGAGAGAAAGGGCGGGAGAGAGUGGGAGGGAGUGAGCGUUACGGUGAGAAAGAGAGACGAAAUAUCGAACGAUUUUUUUUUUUUUUUUUUAUUCGUUAUUCCGUAUCCAGUUCCAUGCGAGAAGACAUCAUUCGCGAUCGAGCUUUACAAAAGCUUUACACUUUUCAACCCUCGUCUCGUUGCUUUCCACCCUCGUUCGAUCGAUCGAACGAAAAUAACGAAAAUAACGAUCCCUCUUUGUCCCAUAAAACUGUCGUUUUCACUGAAAUUUUCUCAUCGAAAUUUUAUUUGACAAGAAAGAAAAAGUAAUUAUCGACCCACUUUUCUUCCUUUUUUUUU